UAGGAGUUUCAGGUCAUAUAUAAAGCGGGUGGUCACUUCAAACGUAUCCACUCUUGGGCAGACACUCACACUGUACAGAGAUGCGGACUCUGAUACUACUGAUACUGACUUCCAGCUCCUGUAUUAUCGGGGGCCAUGGAAGCGGACUGCGAAUGAAGAAUUCAGCCGAGAGUGAGAGCAUCAAAUUAGACCUAAAGGAAGCACCUGGCCCAGAUCGAAAAGCGGAGGUUCAUCAGGAAAACAAUGGAGAGGGAUUUAAAUUUCAACCUGGCUUUGAAGAUGCCGCCAAGUUUCAACCUGGCUUUGAAGAUGCCGCCAAGUUUCAACCUGGCUUUGAAGAGGCCGCCAAGAAACACAAACUGAAUUUUGUUCAAGAAUAUGAGAAGUCUCCAGCUGGAGAUUUACCUGUCAACAGAUUGGAUCUUGGCAGCCCAAAAGACUUACCUGCAUUCGAGACGGACUCUGACAUGUCGGAGGCGUUACAGAAACUCAGUUCGGUACUCGAAGAUGCAGCCAGAGAAAUUCCCGCCAAAAUCACCCCAGAAGUCAUAGAGUCCUUCGUCAAUAAAGCAUUCGCCACAGGAAAGGAACUCGGGAUUUCAGAGGGACUGAUUUCAAGAAUGAUUCAGUGGGACUCGGCUCUCGAGAACGUUGCCAAAGAGGCAGCAGCUCUACAAGACAAGGAAAGAAGAGACCAAGCAAGAGAGAAAGCAGAACAAUCCAAGUCUUCUAAGAAAUCAUCACAAAAAGACACCGGAGUCAAAAGUGAAGGAAACAUCAAUGAACUUGCCAAAGACAGCAACAUUACGCGACAGCUCCAUAUCGUGUAUGUCUCGGGCUGCUAUUCUUACGUCUGUGGAUGGCAUAACCCCGGCGAUAUCUACUUCUGUCACUGUCAGGAGUACAUUUGCUUUGACGGUCAAGAGUACCAAACGGGAAACGUGGACCCAACUUGCUGUUACAGUGGUGAGGGGCAUUGGUACGAAGACGACAUCUCCUACAACGAUUACUGCGUAGCGUACAUCUGCGAGGAUGGCGUGGGAGUACCUACCGGUGCGAUUGUCACUGAGUGCUGCGUAGACACUUGGGGACAAUGGCACGUAAACGGUGAAUAUUACAUCUCCGGUUGUAGGGAAUAUUAUUGCAACGGCGGCAUCGGACAAGACACAGGAAACGACAGAGCUAACUGUUGCUUGGGCCCUGAUGGCAGAUAUUACGCAAACGGUGAAUCCUUCGUGUACCAGUGCCACAGUUUUUACUGUUACUACGGAUACUAUUAUUGGCUCUAUUAUUCCGUGGAUAAUUGCUGCAUGGGAUGGGACGGCACGUGGCACUCAAAUGGAGAGAUCUUUUCCGUUUACUGCCAAGAUUUCUACUGUGAUUAUGGUAUCGCUCGCCCGCUCGGCUCAAACUCACAACACUGCUGCCUUGACUACGACGGAGAAUGGCACGCUGCAGGAGAAACCUACAUCAAGGACUGCCAGGCGUAUCUGUGCAACUGGGGAUACUCUUACCCUCUGCCGUAUGUUGUGCAGGAAUGCUGUGCCAACUACUACGGAGAAUGGUUUGCGAAUUACGAAGUAUACACAGAGUAUUGCAGAGAAUAUCAAUGUAUACAAGGUGUCUCGUAUCAUCUUGACGGGCCAGGAUAUGUAUCACGAAACUGUUGUCGAGAUGUUGACGGGGAAUGGCACGCCGAGGGAGAGACCUACGUCUACAGGUGCCAAGCCUACUUGUGCCAAUGGGGGUAUUCGUACCCAAUGAACACUCACGUUCACGAAUGUUGUCUGGACAGCCAAGGGCACUGGCACUCCAACUACGAGACUUAUUCGGACUGGUGCUCAGACUACUACUGCAGCUCUGGCCAGGCGAUCUUCCAGGGAUACCCAUCAGCCAAGUGCUGCCAAGACUACAUGGGUAACUGGCAUCAAAAUCAGGAGACGUAUCUAGUGGAAUGCAACGCGUACCUCUGCAUCAAUGGCAGCUCCUGGUAUACAUACCCAGACGUCCAGGAAUGUUGCCAAAACGAUGAGGGUGACUGGUUCCAACAUGGAGAGAUGUUCGUGGACGACUGCAUGACAUAUCAGUGUGACCAUGGCGUCGCUGUAUAUAUUAGUGGGACUCCCUGUAUUGGUACUACUGCUUAUUCCUCGACCUUCUACUACCUGGGUUAACACUAAAUUGGCCUCUGACACCCAGAAGACGAAAUUCUGCUUCAGAUGCUCGCCUACAUCUAAAUAGAUCACAUGACAGAAUACCUACAAAAAUGAUAAGUGAUCUAAACUGUAUCCUCUUGAUAUUGAAGUUUUCCUGACAAAUGGUAGAAACAUUCACUGGGAACAGUGAAAAAUGGUAAAAGUCCAAACAAAUUUGCCAAAAAUCAGAACCUAAAUGGAAUAGUCCAACACUAUCUUUCUUCAAAUGGCGCAUAAGUCAUGGUUUUCAAAAUCUAUAGUAACUGUGUAUUAAUAGGCAAUGAGAACAAUUAUGAUAUGUAAAAAUUAUCAUGAUGUAAUUUUCCUGUUCAUUCAAUAAAAAUAGAUUAAU